AUGUCUUCAUCAUAUCUUCCGGCUACAACAGAGUCAAUUGCACAGGCAUUGGAGGCCAAAGACCAUUCCGAUUCAAUCUCCAUUCUAUAUCGUGUGCUUGAUGAUCCAUCUUCUUCACCCGAAGCUCUGCGGAUGAAAGAGCAGGCCAUCACAAACCUUACUGACCUUCUCAGGCAAGAGAACCGGGGAGAGGAUCUGCGUAGCCUUCUCACCUCAUUGAGGCCCUUCUUCUCCUUGAUUCCCAAGGCAAAAACUGCAAAGAUUGUAAGGGGAAUAAUUGACUCGGUUGCUAAAAUACCAGGGACAUCUGAUCUACAAAUUUCACUCUGUAAGGAAAUGGUGCAAUGGACUCGUGACGAAAAGCGUACUUUUCUGAGGCAACGAGUUGAGGCAAGGCUUGCAGCGCUUCUGAUGGAAACUAAGGAGUAUUCAGAAGCUCUGACUCUUCUUUCCGGGUUGGUCAAAGAGGUUAGGCGAUUAGAUGACAAGCUUCUUCUUGUAGACAUCGACUUGUUGGAAAGCAAGCUGCACUUCUCAUUAAGAAACCUUCCAAAGGCAAAAGCUGCCCUCACUGCUGCGAGAACAGCGGCAAACGCCAUUUAUGUUCCUCCUGCUCAGCAAGGGGCCAUAGACCUUCAGAGUGGAAUACUUCAUGCUGAGGAGAAGGAUUACAAAACUGGAUACAGCUAUUUCUUUGAAGCCUUUGAGUCUUUCAAUGCUCUUGAAGACCCUAAGGCUGUUUUUAGCUUGAAAUAUAUGUUGUUGUGUAAGAUCAUGGUGAAUCAAGCUGAUGAUGUGGGUGGAAUUAUAUCUUCUAAAGCAGGAUUGCAGUAUGUUGGACCUGACUUAGAUGCUAUGAAAGCUGUUGCCGAUGCACAUUCUAAGCGAUCCCUGAAGUUAUUCGAGUCCGCUUUGCAGAACUACAAGGCCCAGUUGGAGGAAGAUCCAAUAGUUCACAGGCACCUUUCUUCUCUAUAUGAUACCCUUCUGGAGCAAAAUCUUUGUAGAUUGAUUGAGCCAUUCUCAAGAGUUGAGAUUGCACAUAUUGCUGAGCUUAUUGAGCUUCCCAUCGAUCACGUUGAGAGGAAGAUGUCUCAGAUGAUUUUGGACAAGAAGUUUGCUGGGACGUUGGAUCAAGGCGCUGGAUGCCUUGUCAUAUUCGAUGAUCCCAAGACAGACGCAAUAUAUCCGGCCACUUUAGAGACCAUUUCCAAUGUUGGGAAAGUGGUUGACAGUCUUUAUGUUAGGUCUGCCAAAAUCAUGGCAUGA